GGUGCAGUUUCAGUACAGCAAUUGUGAUGCAUGGUUUCCGUGACGUGACGAGUUGGCUGAGCUUCCUUCUCGUCGUUUUGACUCUGAACACAACUUUCUCUGCUCCUCCGAGCGGUCCAAACGUCUGUACUAGUCACGUCACAGUACAGAAUUCAAGAAGGACGAGCACGAAACAGAGCUACGCUCAACGGUACACGACAAGUUGUUGGAGCUUUCCUUCCUUUUUUCGGUGCACUCGAUAUCGUACUCGGUAUCGUACCGCCUAUUUCACAACGUACUACAACACUCAGUCUUCGACUCGGAUCUGUUGUUCUGGUUAUCAGCAAGUUGGAAGUCAGUGUCAAGCUGUCUGUACUUCGCCUUGUAAAAAUGGUGGAAGAUGCUCUAAGCCAGACGUUUGUCACUGUGCGUCCGGCUGGACUGGAUCUACGUGUACCAUUCCUGAAUGUAAUCCCGGUUGUACAUCCAAUGGUGGGCAAUGUCUUGCUCCUUUCAAGUGUGUCUGUCCUGCGGGAGUGACCGGUGCUACGUGCACGGCAGUUUGCAGUGAUCGAUUUGGACCGAAUUGUGAUAGCGCUUGUGCGUGUCGUAAUGGCGCAUCGUGUGAUCCGAUCACCGGCAAGUGCACGUGUACUCCCGGAUGGAAAGGAGUCGAUUGUGACGUGCCGUGUCCACAGGGAACGUACGGAACGGGAUGCAUCUCGUGUGACUGUAAGAAUGGAGCGAAGUGCAAUCGAGUGACCGGCAAAUGCGAGUGUUUACCCGGGUAUAUCGGCCAUCUAUGUGAAAAUAUGUGUUCACCCUGGACGUUUGGACAUAACUGUAGUUACUCAUGCUUUUGCAAGAAAAGCAAUUCUUUAAACUGCAGUCACGUCGACGGCCAGUGCAAUUGCAUGAGUGGCUGGCAAGGGUCAAUAUGUAGCAACGCUUGUUUUCCGGGUCAACACGGACAGGGAUGUCUACUCAAGUGUUCGUGCCACAAUGGCGGAUUGUGCAACCGUUUCACAGGAAUGUGCAGCUGUCCGGCUGGAUAUUCGGGUAACGAUUGUUCACAGAAAUGUCCCAAUGGCACAUACGGCUUUGGAUGUGGUCAAAACUGCUUGUGCCAGAAUAGUGGUAUUUGUAAUGCUGUGGAUGGGACUUGUGAUUGUGUUGAUCUUUGGGCUGGCCAGUACUGUGAAAAACAUUGCGUCGACGACUGGCAAUAUUGGAAUGGAUUGAAUUGUGUCUCUUGUUCUUGCAUACAGAAGAAUACAAAGCGGUGUGACGAGUCGAGUGGUGCUUGUAUCUGUUCUGAUGGUUGGCAUGGACAAGAUUGCAGUGUCGCUUGCCCAUCGGGAAAGUACGGUCUUGAUUGUGCUAAUGACUGCCAGUGUCAAAACAAUGCACACUGCGAUGCGAAAGACGGAUCUUGCAUAUGUCACGAUGGCUACAACGGAACAUUUUGUGAUCAGCAAUGUCCGCGUGGUCUAUUUGGCUCCUACUGCAGCGAACCGUGUCGAUGUCAGAAUGAUGGUGUCUGCUCACACGUCGAUGGAUCUUGUGAUUGCCAAACUGGGUGGCAUGGUAAACACUGUGAAGAAGAGUGUGACGAUGGAUUUUUUGGUCAUCAAUGUAGACUGGAAUGCUUAUGUCUAAAUGGAGGAUCGUGUGAUCGUGUCAAUGGUUUAUGCACUUGUACCAACGGCUGGUUGGGAGACAAAUGCUCACAGCCUUGCCCGAAACUGAGAUAUGGACGGGAUUGUGAAAGUGAGUGUCGAUGUCAAAAUGCUGACAGUUGUGAUAAUGUUGAUGGCACUUGUAAUUGCAAUGCUGGCUGGAUGGGUUCAACUUGCACUGAUGAGUGCCCGUCUGGGACAUGGGGACGUGACUGUAAUCAGCAGUGCGAAUGUCAGCACAAUUCCAUAUGCAAUCGUGUCACAGGAAGUUGCGAAUGUCCGGUCGGCUGGUCGGGUGCCACAUGCUCAGAACCAUGUCCAAAGCGUUACUUUGGUCAAGGCUGCACGCAGGAAUGCAACUGUAAAUACGAUUACUGCGAUCCAAUUAAUGGAACGUGUUGGUGUCCAAGCGGACUCACUGGAGAACUAUGUGAUGAAAGUUGUACUCAAGGUAAAUUUGGCCCACACUGUUUCUAUUCGUGUGAAUGUGAGUUUGGCUGUGAUCCGGUCAAUGGAACUUGCAACUGUCCUCCAGGGCAGACAGGUGAUCAAUGUGAUCAAGAUUGCAUUGAAGGUACGUUCGGAAUCGGAUGCAGGGAAUGUCGUUGUGUGCACAAAGACUCGACAUGUGAUCGUGUGAAAGGUUGCGUGUGCCCGAGUGGAUACCAGGGAACGAAUUGUGAACGAAAAUGUGAUCGUGGCUACUAUGGCAUCGGAUGUAAUCUAAAAUGCAGUGAAGAUUGCACCGACAACGGCUGCAAUUCAGAAACUGGCCUUUGUGUGGUGAUUACUUCGGGUCAGACUGACACACAAAAGGGAGGUGGGGGUGGAUCCAAUACAUGGAUAUAUGGACUUAUUGUCGCAGUUGUUAUUUUGAUUAUGGUGAUAAUUGUCAUCAUACUUGUGUGUCGAAGAAGAAGAAGACAGAAAUAUGAGACGCCUACUGUGCCGAUUGUGGUAUACGACAACAACGAUUCUGGAAAUCUCGUAUUGCAACCAGCACAACCUUCCACUUCUGCUGUGGCAUCAUGUGCAGACUACGACUCGAUCGAUGACUGCAAGAAAGGUGUGGACAACAAUUACUUUUCAAGAAGAAUGCUAUCGAAUACUAACACCUACGAGUUACCUGUCUCUUUGACAAGGAACAGUCCAAAUUAUGACGUCGGUGAAGCUUGUGAUGAUGUCGCAGUGAAGAGAGCGUUGACUCCGGAUUCGGACGACCAGCUGGACUAUGAGAAACCAUUGCCAAAAGUGCAAAACUUUGAUAAUCCAAAUUAUGAUGGAGGUGCAAGUACAAUCCGUGAUGCUCGUCCUACCACAGAUGAGCCAUUGUAUGAGACUCCAGAUGAUGUACGUCAGAGUGAUGAGUGAUUGUCAUAUUGGAAGGUUGCGUCAUGCAAUGUGUAGAUGUAUGUGCACAAUGCGAGUGUGUAGAACUGUGCUAAUUCAUAAUUGUUGCACAAAUGAUGUAGUUAUUAUGAUCAAGCUACUUAUUAACCAUAGUUAGGAUUUAGUCGUUCUCAGCUGGCUUGUAUAUUGAAAUAGAACACUUAUUGAUGAGA